AUGGAUAUCUAUUCUGAUGUAAAUGAGCAGUUCAUUUUGGAAGAACUAGCGGCUAUUACGGGGGUAGCAAUUGUUGCAGCCGGUGAGGCAAUGUAUGAUAUUCAACGUACACCUUGUUGGACAUCAUGGUACACAGGACAUAUGUACAUGACAGACUUGCUACGAGGUAAUAGGAACAAAUGUUUGACAGUGUUGAGGAUGGACAGGUGGGUGUUCAGGGACUUAUGCAAUGAAUUGAGCACGAGGUAUGGCCUCGAACCAUCUCGUGAACUAAGUGUGAAAGAGAUAGUCGGGAUGUUUGUUUACACCGUAGGAAAUGGUGUCGGCAAUCGGACUAUGCAGGAUAGAUUCCAGUAUUCUGGAGAAACAGUCCAUCGCCAGUUUCAUAAUGUAUUGAGCAGUUUGAUUCGGAUGUCAGACGAUAUUAUCCGACUAAAGGAUCCAACAUAUUCGACAGUCCCGACGUACAUAGAAGAAGACGACAGAUAUUUUUCAUACUUUAGGGAUUGCAUCGGGGCAAUUGAUGGUACGUACAUUCAUGCAUCAGUCCCUCAUGAUGAUCGGACAAGAUUCAUUGGGUGCAAAGGUGUGACCACGCAGAAUGUGAUGGCAGCAUGUGACUUCGAUAUGUUAUUCACUACGGUUCUCUCUAAUGCAAACUCAAAGUUUCCCCACCCUCCCCCUGGAAAAUAUUACUUAGUUGAUUCGGGAUAUGUGAAUCAAAGUGGAUAUCUAGCACCAUAUAGGGGACAGAGAUACCAUUUAGAGGUAUUCCGAAAUGGUCCUGAUGUAUCGACACCACGGGAAGCCUUCAAUCAUGCACACUCAUCUCUCCGUUUGGUAAUUGAGCGCACAUUUGGUGUGCUAAAAAAUAAGUGA